UAACCUUGGUCUUGUGUAAAUGGUAUUGUGUAAUAUGUCAAAUGGAAGUGUUCUUUUUUUCAUCAAUGCAUUGCUUAAGUGCUUUAAUUAGCAUCUUUGACCUUAUUUAUUGUGCUAUAAAUCCUUAAAUAACAUCGCCAUAAAUGUUUUUUUUGUUAUUUUAGAAUGUGAUUUUCUAGACAAAUUCGAGUCAAGUGUUAAGAAAUGAUUUUCAACCAAAUUUAAAUUGUGCCCUAGGGCAGUGGUUCCCAAACCUUUUCACAUAAAGGACCCCUAAACGGGUACAAAUAACCACAAAAUAGACCAUAGCCCCAACUGAUAAGAUUUUGCUUUUAGAUGUUUUAUAUAGAAAGUGUAUGAAAGCAAUGACCACAAUAGUCACAUGCUGUCAUUGCGUUAAUUAAGGAUGGAAUGUUAUUAAUAAUAACCUAUUCCCCUUUUUGCCGGGGACACCUUGGCCCUUGGACCACACUUUGUAACCACUGCCGUACAUGCCUUAAAAUUCAAGUGACAAAAUGUUACAAUUUCACUUGCACCUCAAGGUUGUGUCAAUAUUUUAUCUAGUUAUUUUGUUUAUAUUAUUUCAUUACUUUAACAGUGAUCUUAUACUUAUUUGCUUCAUGUUUGUGCACACAUUAGGAGUUGUUUCAUUGAUAAUAAUUUAAUCAUUCUUGCCUCCUAAUGUGUCAGUAAAAUGCAGUAUGUUACACUACACCCCAUCAAGGCCUCACAAUCUUCUAAUUUUCUUAUUUUAAUGAUGGAUCAUUCUUAGAAAUUCAGAUCUGCAUAUGCAUUAAAAUAUACAUACUGAUGGACAAUCUGAUUGGCUGAUGUUAUAUCGAUGUAUCUGUAUGUAUAAAAAAAUCCAGUCUAGCAAUACUGGCAUUUUUACAAAAUGCCAUGUGAGUCAGAAUCUAUGCCAGAGGACAUUUAAAAUUAUAAUGUCACUGUAGUGCAGUUCAUAUAUUAAUAAAUAAUUCAGGAUAACUCUAAUGUUCUGAAACACAUGUUAUCAUUUAUGACUUAAAACUUAUUUUAGUGGAGGUAACAAAUUUACACUCCAGUCUGUUGGAGUUUCACAGGUCUUUGCAAAUUAAGCAAACUCAUUUGUAACUGAAAUGACAUGAGUUUGUUAUUUAUACUAUUCUGUGGAGAUCAAAUGUAGCUAAUUAUCACAACAUCCAGCUUUACAACCAACUCAAUUCAUAAUGAGACCGUGUCAUAGUAAAUGUGUUCUAGCAGCUUGUAUUUUCUCACCAUCACAGAGCUCACACUGACUCGUCUGAGGCCUUAAAUCAAACUAUCAAACAAGACGCUUGUUUUUUUUUUCAUUCAUUCAGCCAGCUGAAGUUUGGAGACUAUGUGACAGGCCAACUCUACCACUGUACCUUGGGGAAGACGUGUAACUGGACAAUAAGGGAUGUUCUUGGUUUAUGUUGUUGCUGCUGGAUCUGUGUGGGUCAGGGGGAAGCCUCGUCGAGUUGGGUGAGAUCAACGAGUUUCAGGAAACGGCUCCAAGAGAUGCAGAUGAGGAAUCGACCGAGCAGACCACAAAGCAAACCACCACUGACAUCUGGGCAGAGGUUAGAGCGCUGAGAGACAUGUUGGUGGAGCUCAAGGUGUAUGUGGAGAUACUGCAGAGAGAAAAUUCUGACCUGCAGACCAGACUGAGCAGCACUGAGAGGGAACUUCUUGUUGGCAAGUCCAGGAUUGACCAGCUGGAGAGAGAAAAUACAGUCCAAGCCACAGAGCUGUUAUCUUUGGAAACUAGACUGACUGCCACCGAGAACAAAGCAAGUGACCUAGAAAAAAAGAAUGCAGACUUGCAGACCAGACUGAGCAACACUGAGAGGGAACUUCUCGUUAGCAAGUCAAGAAUUGAACAGCUGGAGAGAGAAAAUGCAGAGAAACCAAAGGUGGCCUUUUACACAGCUCUGACUGAUGCAGGAUAUGUUGGACCACACAACACAGACACUACACUGAAAUACAGCAAGGUCUUCACCAACAUCGGCAAUGCUUACGAUCCAGCUACAGGUUUCUUCACAGCACCAGUCAAAGGGGUCUACUAUCUCCAGUUCACUGUGUGUGGUAACCACACAGGUCUUAUGGGUGUAUUUGUGUUUAAGAACAACCAGAAAAUCAUUUAUAAUGUGGAGUGGAAGGAAGAUAAACUUUAUAAGUAUUUCACUAAGUCUGUAGUUUUGGAGCUGUUAGCAGGAGAUACAAUUCACCUGGUUCUCCCAUCAACCCAUUCUGUCUUUGACGAUGGAGAUAACCACAGCACCUUCAGUGGCUCCCUUCUCUUCCCACUGUGAGGAUGUUGUUUAGGCUGCUGUGUGAUGGAUUUGUUUAAAACACUGUUGUUAUUGGCUACACUGUAAUUUACUGCAUAAAAAAAUGUGAAUCUGACUUCCCUCAUGGGUCGUCCAAUGAAAACGACAGUCAAAUAAAUCAAAGACUCAUUGAA